AUGACGACCAUGGAUUUGCGUGUUGGGAACAAGUACCGGAUUGGUCGAAAGAUCGGCAGUGGUAGUUUCGGAGAUAUCUACUUGGGCACCAACAUCAUCUCAGGCGAAGAAAUCGCUAUCAAACUCGAAUCGGUCAAGGCCAAGCACCCUCAGCUGGAGUACGAAGCCCGUGUCUACAAGUCCCUGGCUGGUGGUGUCGGCAUCCCCUUCGUUCGCUGGUUUGGCACAGAAUGUGACUACAACGCAAUGGUGCUCGACCUGCUCGGCCCCAGUUUGGAAGAUCUGUUCAACUUCUGCAACCGCAAAUUCUCCUUGAAGACUGUCCUUUUGUUGGCCGACCAGCUCAUUUCCCGCAUCGAGUACAUCCAUGCCAAGUCUUUCAUCCACCGCGAUAUCAAGCCUGACAACUUCCUGAUGGGCAUCGGCAAGAGAGGGAACCAGGUCAAUGUCAUCGACUUCGGUCUGGCCAAGAAAUACCGUGACCCAAAGACUCACUUCCACAUUCCAUACCGCGAGAACAAGAACUUGACUGGCACGGCCCGAUAUGCGUCUAUCAACACGCAUUUGGGAGUUGAGCAGUCCCGUCGAGACGAUAUGGAGUCCUUGGGCUAUGUCAUGCUCUACUUCUGCCGUGGGUCUCUUCCAUGGCAAGGCCUCAAGGCUGCCACUAAGAAGCAGAAGUACGAUCGUAUCAUGGAGAAGAAGAUGACCACUCCGACCGAGGUCCUUUGCCGCGGGUUCCCCAACGAAUUCGCCAUCUACCUCAACUACACCCGUUCCCUCCGUUUCGAUGACAAGCCGGAUUACUCCUACCUGAGAAAGAUCUUCCGCGACCUGUUUGUCCGAGAGUCCUUCCAAUACGAUUAUGUCUUCGAUUGGACCGUUUACAAAUAUCAGAAGAACGCCCAGGCCAUUGCCCAAGCUGCUGGCAACCAGAACGCCCAGGAGGACGAGGACAAGCCACGUCGUGGUGCUCAUCCUGCCACGGCAGCAGCCACCGGCGCUCCAACUCCGCAGCACACCUCGCAAGCCGGCAAGCCUGCUGCUAUCUCCAGCUCCAGGCGCAAGGUCAUCGAGCGCGGCGCCAGCGGCAACGACCAGAAUGGAAGUGACAGGAUGUGA